ACGAAAGAUAGUCAAGCUGAUAACAACACUCUUGAAGAAUCUUCUUUGGCAGAGUGUCAUUUUCAGAUUAAACGCAUUGCAUUAUUGAAUGUGACUUGAAGUGGGAUAGACGGCGCUUCCACUGAAUUUGUUGCAUCAGUUCCUCAGCAAAAUGGAAGUACUGGACGUUGCAAUAACUUUGGGGAUGCUGUGUAUCAUAGUGUAUCUGAUACUUGUACGAAGAUAUCAAUACUGGACCGAACGCAGUGUGCCUCAGCUAAAGCCUGAACUCUUGUUUGGUGAUGUGCGUGAUGUGAACAAAAUCUAUCACAUUGGUGAGAAGUUUCGUCAGCUGUACAGAGCACUCAAGGGAAAGCAUCCGUUUGGUGGAAUCUACAUGUUUACUAAACCGGUCGCACUGAUCACCGAUUUGGAGCUACUAAAGUGUGUGUUUGUGAAGGACUUCCAGUACUUCCACGACCGUGGUACGUACUACAACGAGAAGCAUGAUCCACUGUCGGCUCAUCUCUUUAACCUGGAAGGUCAGAAGUGGAAAAAUCUUCGCAAUAAAAUCUCCCCAACGUUCACGUCCGGCAAGAUGAAGAUGAUGUUCCCGACGAUAGUUGCGGCCGGGAAACAGUUUAAGGACUUUAUGGAGGACACUAUCCGGGGGCAGGAGGAAUUGGAGUUGAAGGAUGUGCUAGCUCGCUACACGACCGAUGUGAUUGGGAUGUGUGCGUUCGGUAUUGAGUGUAACAGUAUGCUUGAUCCGGAUGCGGAGUUCCGUGUGAUGGGAAGGAAAAUCUUCACAAGGCCUCGUGGCAAGCUGCAACUGCUGCUGAUGAACGCAUUCCCGAGAGUGGCUAAGCUGGUGGGCAUAAAGGUGAUCGUUCCGGAGGUGUCAGACUUCUUCAUGAACGUUGUGAGGGACACAAUCAAGUACCGAGUGGAGAAUAAUGUGCAGAGAAGCGAUUUUAUGGACAUUCUCAUUCGAAUGCGCAGUGAUAAGGAGACUAAGUCGGAUGACGGAACGCUGACGUUCAAUGAGAUUGCUGCUCAGGCUUUCGUGUUCUUCCUGGCCGGAUUUGAAACGUCAUCUUCGCUGAUGGCUUUCGCACUGUACGAGUUGGCACUGAACCAAGAGAUCCAAGAAAAGGCCAGGAAAUGUAUUAAGGAGGUGCUGAAACGACAUGAUGGAAAACUGACGUAUGAAGCGGCCUUGGAGAUGGACUAUUUGGAUCGAGUUCUUAAAGAAUGCCUUCGAAAGUAUCCAACAAUAUCAGUCCAUUUCAGAAUCACGGCAAAGGAUUAUCUAGUGCCAGGUACAAACUCUAUCCUCGAAGCUGGAACGUCAGUCAUGAUUCCUGUGCUAGGCAUUCAUCACGAUCCGGAAUAUUUCCCCGAUCCGGAACGAUUCGAUCCGGAUCGAUUUACUGCGGAGCAGGAAGCUAACCGUCAUCCGUACGCUUGGACACCGUUCGGCGAGGGUCCUCGGAUUUGUGUGGGACCUCGGUUUGGGAUGAUGCAGACGCGCAUAGGAUUGGUACAUCUGCUCACAAGUUUUCGUUUCGACUGCUGCACUAAAACACCUAUUCCGAUGAAGUUUGACUUGAAGAACGCCAUUCUAUCACCCAGAGCUGGCAUGUGGUUGAAGAUAGAGAAGCUUAGCAAUGAAUAGUAGAAGGUGUAUUUGCUGCAAUAGGCCCGUUAUGGUUGAUUCUUGUCAACAGCUCCCGUGUAUAAGACUUUCACAAGUGAAGUUAUGCCACGGUGCCGGUGACGGUGUCCAGAAUAUCCAGAUGUGUUGCUCACUGUGCAAUAAACCUGUAAAGAUUUAAAUGAA